GUACUCCCUGAUGUUGGAAGGUGGAGGGUCAAGGCCUCCGUAUACAAACCUGUUCAGCAGAAGUGCCUUAAGCAGGAUCCUCACACAGAUUGUUGGCUGCAUCUGCAAAAGAGGAAACUUUGUCCUCAGGGGGAGGGCCUCCGUCCCUGGGUUGAGGUAAGUCAUUAACCUGUUUAACCAGGCGUUCUGGUAACCAUCUUGGGGCUGCUUGCUCUUGGUCCAAAACACAAGCUGAGCCUCGUCCCCAGAUGAGGACAGGAUCUGGGCCUUUCCAUUUAUUUGUAAGGGGAUUGAGCCACAUAACAGGUCCAAGCUUCUGCCCUAUAUGAUGCUCCCCUUGUUCCUGCUCCUCUUUGUGGGGCUCCCACUUGUGGAAUCCAAUUUUACCAACGUGACCAAAGCCGUUCCAGCUGCUUGGACCUUCAACGUGCAGUGCCAUGAAUGUGUGGCUGAAAACACGUUUGAUUGCCCGAGGCUCAGGACGUGCUUAUACGACCAUAGACGCUGUAUGACCGUAGCUGCACGUGUGAGCCCUCGUUUAUUACUUGUUUACAAGAACUGUACUUGGAAUUGCACAUUUGUGUAUGCUGCUGAACAGCCUCCGGAAACUCCAAGAAGAGUGCUCCCUAAUCAAUUCUAUUUUGCUAAUUGUUGUGGUGGUAUGUCUUGCAACUCUGGAGGACCUACCAAUGUAGAAAGAGAUUUUUUACCUCCACAGAUAAUUGAGGAGGACUUUGUAGCAGAGUCUGCAUAUUUGGGGAAACCAAAAUUUGUCCUGAGCUUUGCUUCCAUCAUCGUCAGUAAUACACUGACUUGAGAUGGCCUCUUGGAGUCCAUUCAUCUUCCCCUGUAGCUCAGAAUGCUGCUGUUCUCUCUUGGAGACGCUGAUGUGUCAGGCCUCCCGUCGGACCCUUCAUGCCUUGUUGUAAGAGCAAAAUAAAGGAAAAUGCU